CUGGUUGUAAACUGCUCAAGAGUGCUCAGAGCCAGUCAACUUCAAAAGCAGCCUGUAGAGACUUUCUUGCUAAGUUUGGGAAGGAAUUCAAAAAUGCUGAAAGGUGCAGACAAUGUUGUUAUGGAACAGGAGGACUCUGCUUCCCAAAAUGGAGGAAUGGCAAAUUGGGAUAUCAAUGACAUCAAACUUCCCCAGGAUGUGAAACACACAGACUGGUUCCAAGAAUGGCCAGACUCCUAUGUAAAACAUAUCUAUAGCUCCGAGGAUAAAAAUGCUCAGAGGCACCAUAGCAGUUGGGCGAUGAGAAACACCAACAACCAUAACUCUCGCGUCUUAAAAAAGUCCUGCCUUGGGGUGGUGGUCUGUGGCAAUGACUGCUCAACUCUGGAUGGGAGGAAGAUCUACCUAAGACCAGCCAUAUGUGACAAAGCUCGGCAAAAACAACAGAGGAAAUGCUGUCCAAACUGCAGUGGACCCCUGAGGCUCAUUUCCUGCCGAGGACAUGGCGGUUACCCAGUUACCAACUUUUGGAGACAUGAAGGCCCAUUCAUAUUCUUUCAGUCCAAAGGGGCUCACGAUCAUCCACGACCUGAAACAAAACUAGAAGCAGAAGCAAGAAGAUCAAUCCAAAAAGCACAAACAGCUUUCUCUCCCCCUUGCCCAAGACUAAGAAGAUUCCAGGAAAUCGAGGUAAAUUCUAGUGUUAAUAUGUUAACUUACUGGGUUGAUCCAUGGUCUGGGCUGGUUCACUGUGGAGGGGAGCUGGCCAUUGGCCGUCUCUGUCCAUGGCCAUCUCGCAUUUUGCCACAGGAUCAGAGAGGCCCAGAGAUUAUCCAAGGCCAGGAUGUAGUGUGGACGCAGCGAUGCCUUCGGUCCAGCCAUUGA